UGACUGUUAUGCUGAAGGAAGGUGUUCCCUGGACAGUCCUGGAGACAGAAGCACUGUAUUUCUAGAGCAGAUUGCCUCGGUACUGCGCCCCUCCGUCCUGCUGCAAUGAGUGGGAAGUCUUUGCUCUUAAAGGUCAUUCUCCUUGGGGACGGUGGAGUUGGGAAAAGUUCACUCAUGAACCGAUAUGUCACCAACAAGUUUGACUCACAGGCUUUCCACACAAUUGGUGUGGAGUUCUUAAACCGGGACCUGGAGGUGGAUGGACAUUUUGUGACUCUCCAGAUUUGGGACACUGCGGGACAGGAGAGAUUCAAGAGCCUGCGAACCCCCUUUUACAGGGGAGCAGACUGCUGCCUGCUGACCUUCAGUGUGGAUGACCGGCAGAGCUUUGAGAACCUCGGCAACUGGCAGAAGGAGUUUGUCUAUUACGCUGACGUGAAGGACCCUGAGCACUUUCCAUUUGUAGUCUUGGGCAACAAGAUAGACAAGCUUGAGAGACAAGUGAGCACGGAGGAGGCCCAGGCCUGGUGCAUGGAAAAUGGUAACUACCCAUACCUGGAGACUAGUGCCAAGGAUGACACCAAUGUGGCAGUGGCCUUUGAGGAGGCUGUGCGACAAGUGCUGGCGGUGGAGGAGCAGCUAGAGCACUGCAUGCUGGGCCACACCAUUGAUCUGCACUCCGGCUCCAAAUCAGGAUCUUCCUGUUGUUGAGCUGUUGCUUCAGGAAUGUCGCUGGAGCCAGCAGCUGGAUCGGAAUGAGCACGGGCAGCUGUGGGGCACUCUGAGGAGCGUGGCCACAAGGACAGUAGGUGGUUUGUUCACUGGGGAGCUGCAGCGCCACCACCAUCUGAAUCCUGGUUGGAGUUUUCAGGCACAGAGCAUGUAUCUGCAGGAGGAAGCUGUUAAAAGAGCACAUGAGCAUAGUCCUGCUUCCAUCUCUGCCUGUUUUAGCAGGUUUAAAGGACUGGGUUAAAGUCCUUU